CCCCUUGCCCUUUUUAUUUACUUUUUAACUUCUUUCCUUUUGUUUUUCAUUUUAUUAAUGCAUUUGCAUAGUGUAAAGUAACUAUUAUUAUUUGGUCAUAUACAGUUUCUCCAAAGUUUUUUCUGUAGACUCUUGUAAUUUUUUUGCCGAAACUUACACUUCCGCUCUAAAUUUGCCUUGGGAGAUAUUUAAACUAUUCUAUACACAUGAUUUCCCAUUCUCAGAUUUUUAAGGAUCCCGCUCUCCCAGCGGGGAAAGUGGACGAUCUUGAAAUUUCUCAAAAUACUAAGGCGUAUAAACGAGCUGGCCUCACCACCGGAACUGGGCUUCGGGAUGUGAGUAACCUCUAUCAACUCCCAGUGGUUUCAGAGAAGCAAAAUACCAAGGAAAAAGGAGCUUCAGUAUAUGAUUUAUGUUUUACUAAAGACCACGAAAACCUGAAAAAAGACAUUUUGUCCAAUCACUUUGAAAGCAAAGGAGCGUUUGAUCCAAUGGAAGUUGAUGAUGAGAAGCGCCCAAAAGAUGAACAAUUUAAUAUUAUUAACAUUGACAAACUCGAUAAAGACUUUCCGGAAUUUUGCGCUGAGUAUGCUCCGCUCAUAUACGACUAUUUGCAUGUAGUUCAGCGCAAACAUGCAGUCUCCCACGAAUAUAUGAAAAAGCAAACCGAUAUUUCCCCUAAAAUGCGAGCUAUACUUAUUGAUUGGCUGAUUGAUGUCCACUUACGUUUCAAGUUGACUCAAGAAACUUUAUAUUUGACGGUUUCAAUUAUCGACCGUUUUUUAAGUUUGACUAUUAUAACACGUGAUAAGCUACAACUGGUGGGCGUUACAGCCAUGCUGAUUGGCUCAAAGUUUGAAGAGAUUUACGCUCCGGAAGUGAACGAUUUUGUUUAUAUUACGGAUGACGCCUACACACGGAACCAAAUUCUCGAAAUGGAAAGAACUAUUUUGAACACUUUAAACUUUCAAAUUGCUACAGCGUAUCCGCUUCAUUUUCUACGAAGAGCUUCAAAAGUGGCGGAUGCUGAUCCUCUAACUCACACGAUGGCCAAAUACUUAAUGGAAUUGACGCUACCCUACACUGAUUCACUACGUUUCUUGCCUUCAAUGAUAGCCGCAUCGGCUCUUUGUUUGGCACGAAUGAUGCUCCACUCUGGCGGUUGGAGCCCAACAAUUGAGUAUUACACGAAACAUUCAGAAGAAAGUUUGAAUGAUUGCGUUCAUGAACUCUUUGCAUUGGCUAAAGAUGCGAAGAAGUCUCAGUUCAAAGCGAUUCAUAAAAAAUACGGUUCUGGACGGUUUCAUAAUGUUAGCCAUUUGGCGGACUCUCAAAUUGCAAAUGUUCGUUAUGUUAACUAAAAAAAAUUAAAAAAAAAUGUAAAUUUGCAAAGCGAUUGCU